UUGGCUUUUCUCUUUGUACCAACCGAACCAACUAACACUGUUUCCAACCACAACCCCAAUAAUAAGAAAAUACAAACACAACAAUCUCAAAACCCCAUCACAAAGAACCCUAACCCAUCAUUCCGAAAGACAGCUUUGUCUUCUCACAGUUGCUUUGGCAUCUGUGUUUUUCUUUCUUUACCAGAAAGAAAACAGCAACCGCUCGCGUGUGCCCAUGGACUCGACCCCUCAUGGUGUCCCUCUUUUCGCAACAAAGGCGACCCCCCAUUCACCAGCUGAGCUGUACCCAAAGCCAAAGGUAGUCUCUCCUCUUUCCAACUCAUCAGGUUCUUCUUUUCCUAUCAGAGCACCUCCUACUGUUGAUUCUGAUUCUGAAUUUUCUAUAACAACAACAAAAGGUCAAAAACACAGUAUCACUAGUUCAAGUAGCGACAUUAGUGAUAGUGGGUCUGAGUAUGAGGGUUUUGUGAGUGGUGAGGAUGAGUUUGAUUCGGCCUCUGAGAGGCCAUUUGCCGCAGACCCAAAUGAUGAAAUCCUAGAAGAUACUCAUUAUGUUGAGGAGUUUGUUGUUUCUAGGCCUAAUCUAACAGACCCAGAUGAAGAAAUUGUAGAACAGAGUGGUGGUGUUAAGGACCAUGUUGUUUCUAGGCCUUUUGUUUCUAAGCCAGUUAUGCCGUUUGCCCAAUUAUCUGGGGAUAGUGACGAGGAUGCUUUGGGCAUCGAGGAAGUGGAGGAUGAUGGGUUUUCAGGUGCCGUUCGGGUCCCGGGUAAUGGGGGUUUGGAGAGGAUCAAUAGCGCUCCUAAAGUUAGGAUUUGGGAGGUUGAAGAAGGAGAAGAAUAUGAGUCCGAAUUCGAGCCGGCUUUGGAUGUGGAAGUGGUGGAGGAUUCGGCUUUGGAGCGGAUUGUUGCAGAGGACUAUGCUGGGGAGGGCUUUGUUUCAGCUGAAUUAAUUGAAGAUAGGGGUCCUGAUGAUACUGAAGAAGCAAAAGUCGAGUCUUUGGUGGAAAGUCCAGAUGAUAUUAUGUUUGGAAAUUCAGAAUUAGAUGGUGAUGAGAAGCACUUGGUGGAAGAAAUUCAAGCACCCAAAAAUGUGGAGCAGCAAGAGAUUGGAAACAAUGAACAUAUUACAGAGGAGAGAGAUAGGGUAGAUUUGGGCGAUAAUGCUGCUUUAGGAAUCAAUGCUGGAACCCAAAUAGAAAUGGUGAUUAACUGGGAAGAGGAACAGGAAGCAGCGGAGGGUAGUGCAAGUACAGCUACUGGAAUUGAUAAAGAAAGUCAUGUGAUUGACAAUCCUAGUGAGUCUAAGCCCCUUCAAGCCAAUAAGGAACUUUUUUCUACCGAUGACGGUGAUUUAGUUGUUAGUGAAACCAAAGACAUAAUUUUGACAGCCAGCAGAGUUGAAUCCAUUGACAGUGCUAUUAGGGGGAAUGGAAUUCAGUAUUUGGACCAUAGCGAAAUUUCGGAACCAUACCACACUCCGGAGACCAAGUAUUUUGGGAAUGGUCAUACUACUGAAGGUGAUUUAAUGGAGUAUGGUUUCUGUAGUAAAUUCAAUAGCCUUGGACCAUUGUCACUAGAUUCCAGUUUGAACCCGGACGAAAAAGUAGAAACAGAAGUUGAACCGGACCGUGAUGGAAGCAAAUUAGAAGAAAAGAAUGAAUUUUCAGUUUCAGACGAUGAUGCUGAACCUUUGAUAUUUGGAGUAUCAGAUACGGCCAAGCAAGGAAUGAAUGGAUUGGAGCAGAGAUUAGACCCCACUUCUUUUUCAGGUGCAGGGAGUUCUCAUAAUCAUUUGCAGAUGAUUGAUGGACAGAUUAUGGCAGAAUCAGAUGAGGAGGCUGACACUGAAUGCGAAACUGAAAUUGAAGAACUAUUUGAUUCUGCUGCAUUGGCUGCUCUUUUGAAAGCAGCAACAGGUGCUGGAUCGGAUGGCGGCAGUGUUAAGUUUACCUCUGCUGACAGUUCCACGGUUUUCUCUCUCAAGAGUCCUGCCGAUUUAAGUGCCUUGUUGAGCUCGCCAGGACCUAUUCCGCAACCAAACCGUCCCAAUAUUUUUACUCCUUCUGUGCUAACAGCUAGGGGUGAAUCUGAGGAAUACUUAAGUGAAGAAGAAAAGAAGAAGCUUGAGAAGAUGCAAGUGACAACAGUGAAGUUUUUGAGGCUUGUCCAGAGAGUAGGCCGGUCUCCUGAAGAUUCCAUUGCUGCACAGGUUUUAUACAGGCUGGUCCUUGCUGCUGGGAGGCCUUCACAUCAAGCAUUCAGUCUUGAAUCGGCCAAAAGGACAGCCAUGGAGCUUGAAGCAGAGGGUAAUAAUGAUAUAAACUUUUCUUUGAACAUCCUGAUUAUUGGGAAAACUGGAGUUGGAAAGAGUGCAACCAUAAAUUCCAUUUUUGGUGAAGAGAAAGCCACUGUUGAUGCAUUUGGGCCUGCAACAAAUGCUGUGAGAGAAAUUAUUGGAACAAUAGACGGGGUUAAGGUCAGGGUCUUGGACACACCUGGUCUCAGAUCUUCUUUCAUGGAACAAUCUUUUAACCUUAAAGUUUUGGCUUCCAUAAAGAACUUCACAAAAAAAUGCCCUCCAGAUGUUAUCCUGUAUGUUGAUCGGUUAGACACACAAACAAGAGAUCUUAAUGAUUUACCAUUAUUGAGGUCAAUCACUAGUUCUCUUGGUUCAUCAAUAUUGCAUAAUGCUAUAAUUACUCUGACCCAUGCUGCUUCUACUCCUCCAGACGGACUGUCUGGGUCACCCUUAAGCUAUGAGGUCUUUGUUGCUCAACAAUCACGUAUUAUCCAACAGUUGAUUAGCCAAGCUGCUGGUGAUCUGCGUAUGAUGAAUCCAGUAUGUCUGGUCGAAAACCACCCAUUGUGUCAGGAGAAUGGAGAUGGACAAAAGGUGCUUCCCAACGGAGAAAGUUGGAUACCCCAAUUAUUGCUCUUGUGCUACUCAAUGAAGAUCUUAUCGGAAGUGAACUCUGUGGCGAAAACUCAAGAUCCCUUUGAUUAUCAGAAGCUCUUUGGUUUUCAGGGUCGUUCCCCACCCCUAUCUUAUUUGUUAUCUUCUCAAUUGCAGCCUCAAGCUCAUCCAAAACUCUCUGCUGACCACGGUGGUGCGGAUAAUGACUCAGAUAUUGAGCUUCUAAAUUUCUCUGAUACUGAUCAAGAAAGUGAGGAUGAAUAUGACGAGCUUCCUCCUUUCAAGCCUUUGAGGAGAUCUCAGAUUGCUAAGCUGAGCAAGGAGCACAAGAAGGCUUAUUUUGAGGAGUACGAUUAUCGAGUAAAGCUCCUUCAGAAGAAGCAGUUGACAGAGGAAGUGAAAAGGCUGAGGGAGAUGAAAAGGAAAGGUAAAGAUGGUGGGAACGAUUAUGAAUACAUGGGGGGAGAUGAGGAGCAAGAAAAUGGAAGUCCAGCAACUGUACCAGUUCCGUUGCCCGAUAUGGUACUCCCACUUUCUUUUGAUGGUGAUAAUCCCACUUACAGGUACCGGUUUUUGGAACCCACAUCCCACCUUCUUGCAAGGCCAGUUAUGGAGUUACAUGGUUGGGACCAUGAUUGUGGAUAUGAAGGAGUGAGUAUUGAAGAGAGUCUUGCCAUCGCUGGUCUGUUCCCAGCAGUGAUUGCUGUUCAAGUAACAAAAGAUAAAAAGGAGUUCAAUAUCCACUUGGAUUCAGCUGUUGCAGCAAAGCAUGGAGAGAAUGGAUCAACCAUGGCAGGAUUUGACAUCCAGACAAUUGGAAAGCAGCUUGCCUACAUCCUCAAGGGUGAAACCAAAAUAAAGAACUUCAAAAUGAAUAAAACAGCAGCUGGGGUAUCACUUACUUUUUUAGGUGAAAAUGUGGCCACUGGACUCAAGAUUGAGGAUCAGAUUGCAUUUGGAAAACGUCUUGUUUUGCUGGGAUGUAUUGGAGCCAUCCGAUCUCAAGGUGAUGUAGCACAUGGGGCCAACUUUGAAGUACGUCUCAGGGAAAAAGAUUUUCCUAUUGGGCAGGACCAAAGUACGCUUGGCUUGUCUCUGAUGAGGUGGAGAGGUGACCUUAUGUGGGGGUGCAACUUCCAGUCUCAGUUCUCUAUUGGACGGAGUUCUAAAAUGGCUGUUCGGGCUGGAUUGAACAACAAAUCAAGCGGUCAGAUCUCUGUCAAGACUAGCAGCUCGGAGCAACUUCAGAUUGCACUUGUGGGUGUUCUUCCGUUUGCCAAUGCCAUUUUCAGGAAGCUCUUUUCACGGUUCAGUGAGAAGCACUCGGCAUAUUAGAGGUGUCGGUUUGUAUACACAAGUAACUAGCUUUUGCUGAGGGGAUAAUUUGGCUGAAUAGGCUUUUUUAGGCUUCAUCCCUCAUCUCUUUGUAACUUCUAAGUUUUUGUUUGUUUGACUCUAAAAUUAUGCAGGUGUUUAUCUUAGCUUAUUUGAUGAAUGAUAACUAAGUUGGAUAUUAA